CCUAUUUCAAGCCUAUUUCAGAACUGUACCUCCCUGCGGGUCCAGCCGACACCCAUAAGCAAUAUUAUGUCAGACUGCGAGACUUCCAAGUCGUACUACUUUAAUACCCUAUCCUUUAUUGCUUGUUUUGACUUCCGUUUUCUCUGUUGAAACCAACCAUUGGUAGGUAACACUUCUCACGAUUAUCUUGAGAGUCUACUAGAAUCAUUCUGUCUUGUUACCUGACUAUUCUUAUCCCUAUCGCACCGAUACGCUGAAAGAUGGGACGUAUCCACAGUGCCUUUUUUCCUGUAUCUAGUCUGCGCUGCUCCUCUGAGCAAAGAGGUCAGUCGUGUCUUUCCUCCCUCUUUCCCCUCCCUAGGCUUAGCUUAGCUCAAAGUCUGCAGGUCAUGGAUCGUUUUAUUGAGAAAAAUGACAUGGAUGAGGAUGAAUGGAACCUUGUAUUUGUGGACAGCAUUGACGACUAUUAUGAUGAGGCAUCAGAAGCACCAGUCGAGGAUGGAAGCAGCCCAGAUUCCCCAUUUAUCGGGAAAACGCCUCAAGAAUGCCACCAACUGCUCUUGAAGCUUGUCGAGGAUACAGAGUCUGAAAUCAUAACUGAAUACUUUGCCAUUAUGGAUGAGAGGUCAACGAAAGACGACACUGUCCUGCUUGUGUGCGCAGAGAGGAAUGAUGAGGAAGAAGUUGUGGCCUGGCCGACUGUUCGUGCUACUUUUGAGGUUACAGCCGUCGCACUGAAGUGUUAUCUUUCAGGACACAGUAGUAUAGAGGAGGAUUUGGAGCGUGCUCAACGUGAACAUGACAAUGUUUAUCGUGCACGGUAAUCUACAGAUACAGAUACUGUAAGAGCGAGAAGCCGAGUUAAGGGGAGCAAAGUUGCGUCGAAACAGGAAAUGU